AUGUCGACGUACCACUCAGGCGCCAAACGAGGCCGCUCGCGAUCUCGGUCAAGUUCGCCGCCAUGGAAGCGUUCCGAAAAGAUCCCCCGCAAAGACGACAGACACCACCCUGGUCAGUGGGAUAGGGAUAAUAGCAGAUCCGAGCAACGGGAUAGGAGGGAACAAAACCGACUGAAUCAGCUGCAAGAAGACGAGCAAGUGCGCCAGUGGGUUGCGCAAGAGGAUACCUUCAUCCUCAAGCAAGCUAAAAAGAAGGCAGAGAUCCGCGUGAAGGAAGGCCGCGCAAAGCCCAUAGAUUGGUUAGCGGUUACUCUGCGUAUAAUAGACCCUACAAGGAAUAUCUUGGAUGAUGAGAUUCCCGACUCAGAACUGGAUCUAAUCGAUCCGGAAGGAGUGUUUGAGGGUUUGUCGCAGGAUCAAUUGGCGGAAUUGGAGAAUGAUAUCGAUACAUUUCUGAGUCUUGAACAGGCCUCAAAGAAUCGCGAUUUCUGGAAGACCAUGAAAAUUGUUUGCCGUGACCGACAGAAAACCUCAGCACCCGAAGGCCGUGUUCUCAGCUCGGUGUCAGCCGAUAUUAACAGGAUCCUCAGUCCUAAGACUUAUGAACAACUGGAGACACUUGAGGUUCAAGUAAAGCGCAAACUGGAUUCCAAUGAACCGAUCGAUACCGAUUACUGGGAAGAGCUUUUGCGCAGUCUGACCGUCUGGAAAGCGAAAGCUAAGUUGAAGAAGGUAUUCCAAGCGGUUAUUGCAGGGCGAGUACAGGCACUCCGCAGGCAACAGAGAGAUGAGGCAGAGUCCGUACGACUCAAACUUGCUCCAAUCGCACCUGUUGUCGGUGAGGUCAUGGAAGUCAAGGGAGAAUUGGACCUAGAUCCGGAGCCGUUACUUCAGCUGCGGCCCGAGGAUAAAGCUCUUGAAAUCAUGGACGAAUCAGCAUUUCUAAAUCAAGUGGCUCAAGAGCGACAAAAGGUCCUUAAAAUGGGAUUUGUACCAUUACGACGAGGCGCAGAAAAGUCUACCCAAUCAAUGCCCAUCCAAGUAAAGAAACCUGAAUCGGCACUUGCCACUAGCGUCGAUCGCUUCUCGUCUUUGCCCAAUGAAGACUUCUCCCAAGCAACAAGAGCCCUGUACGAGCGCGAGGUUGCGAGAGGCAUAAGUGAAAAUGAAGAAAUAUUCACAGCAGAGGAGGCUGUCGUCAGUACUUCGCAACUUCCAUGGGCUCAUAAAUAUCGACCGCGAAAGCCACGAUAUUUCAAUCGUGCGCAGAUGGGAUACGAAUGGAACAAGUACAAUCAAACGCACUACGACCACGACCAUCCUCCACCGAAAGUUGUCCAUGGCUAUAGGUUCAACAUAUUCUAUCCAGACCUGAUUGAUAAGACGAAAGCCCCGACUUACCGGAUUGAACGUGAACAUGGGCGGAAGCGCGGCCAAUCCUUCGUCAAGGCAGGAGAGGAAGACACAUGUCUCAUUCGGUUCAUUGCAGGACCACCCUAUGAAGACAUCGCAUUUCGCAUUGUGGAUCGAGAAUGGGAUUUCAGUUCUAAGAGAGAUAGGGGCUUCAGAAGCAGUUUCGAAAAGGGAAUUCUACAACUGCAUUUUCAAUUCAAGAAGAUCUACUAUCGGAAGUAA